AUGACCUUUGAGGUAUUAAAUCACCCAUUCAGCCAGCUUGUCUACUUCUCCAACAACAAGAUCACAACGCGAUCACAGGAAAUAACUCCCAGACCCAGAGAAUAUUCGCACAAACUCUUUCAUUACCUUCCUAAUAUCACGAACACCAAAAUGCUUUUCACCUACCAAACUCUUACUGUCUUCAUCACCUCCCUCCUUAUCAACAGCGCCGCUGCCCAUCCCUGCGACACCAGCGUGGCCUGGGCUGAUUCCACCAACUGCCACUACUUCUUCCAAUGUGCUCCUGGCGUGGAGCCCGCUCACAAGAAGUGCGGUGAGGGAACGGCAUUCAACCCUGCCAUCGGUACAUGUGACUAUGAGCAGAAUGUGCCUUCUUGCUACAGGGAGCCUCAUCACCCCCGCCCUCACCACGUCUAG